CAACUAAUUGCUUAUAUGAAUUAAAGCUAGAGCUACCAAAAUGCUGUUACCUAGUCACCAGUGGCCCUUUUGAAGUUUCAUUCUGAUGACAGAAAUGAAAAGGGCAGAGGUUCUGCAUGUGUAUAUUUGCAUGUUCGUUUAUGUUUCGCAGUGGAGAGCAAAGUCAGAGUAGAAAAUACUUGAGCUCAAAAACUCCACAUAUUGGGACUAGAGACGCAGAAAGGAUUGUUCUACAAGUCUGAGGGAAGCCCUGGUUUACAGAACAUUCUGAAAUUUUAAAAAUACAUUGCGGAAGGGUAUUUCCCUUUCCCAUUAAAAGUAAUAUUGUUUUUUUGUGAGGUGGAAACUCACUGAGUUAUCUGAGAGCCUGGUGGUUAUUUUGGGGUUGCUAGGCAACACGAGCCAGUGUGGUAUAGAGGUUAAGGAGUCAGACUAGGAUCUAGGAAACCCAGAUUCAAAUCCCCAGGCACACCCUGAAAGCUUCCUGAGUGAGUCAGUCACAAACUUUUGGUCCCGACCUUGUCUAGUAUUUGGAAGGGAAAGGCAUCUCUUGCUUUAGAAACCCUACGAGGCCACCUUAAGUCAUCUGUGACUUGGCGGCAAAAGGCAAUCAAGCUAUUACUGAGCCCUCCUAGCCUUGGUCAGAUAAAAGAAAGUUUGUUUGAUGGGUAGGAAAGAGAGGAAGAAGCAGGAAAAGAGACGGGUCUGUGGAUUUGCAUUGGGAGGGAAGAUGAAACAGUGUGAGGUGGAAGAUGGGAAAAAAAUUAUAUUCCACCUCUCCAUUUUGAUGUAGGUUCACUGACUGUUACUAUCCCAUUGCCCUAUAAAAAGAAUGGAGCAUUGCGGGUAGUUAAAUAUCAGUUAAAGAACAGGAAAAAUCAAACAGGAUCAGCAAUUUAUUAUCUUGGCGAUUACUUAUAUGCCCCCAAUUUGAUCUUUCGUUUGCAGUCCACAUGGAGACCAUAAAGCAAAUGUAGGAUUGAACCUAAAAUUCAAUAAAAAGAAUGAGGAAGUCCCUGGAUAUACAAAGAAAGUUGGAAAUGAGUGGAUGUAUUCUUCUGCAGUAGAACAACUCCUUGCUGAAUAUUUAGAAAGGGUCCCAGAAUUGUUCAGUUACAUAUCAAAAAAUGGUCAAGAAGAUAUAUUCUAUGAAGAUGAUAUUUGGCCUGGUGAAGAAGAGAAUGGUGCCGAGAAAGUUCAAGAAAUCGUUGCAUGGUUAAAGGCUCAUCCUGUUAGUACUCUUUCUCGUUCUUCCUGUGAUUUACAAAUUCUGGAUGCUGCCAUUGUUGAGAAGAUUGAAGAAGAAAUAGAAAAGUGCAAGCAAAGAAAAAGUAAUAAGAAAGUGCGUGUGACUGUGAAACCCCACUUGUUAUACAGACCUUUAGAACAGCAGCAUGGAACCGUACCAGACCGAGAUGCAGAAUAUCGACUGUUUGACCGUGUUGUGAAUGUGAGAGAGAGCUUUUCAGUUCCCACUGGUCUUCGUGGUACCAUAAUUGGAAUUAAAGGAGCUAGCAGAGAAUCUGAUGUGCUGUACGAAGUACUGUUUGAUGAAGAGUUUCAUGGAGGCUUAACAAUUAGGUGCUCACCUGCCAGAGGGUACCGUAUGCCAGCCAGUGCCUUAAUAAAUCUUUCCCAUGGCCAUCGAUCUGAAACAGGAAACCAGAAGCUAACAGCCAUAGUCAAACCCCAGCCAGCUGUGAGUCCCUACAGCUCAUGUUCAGCUGAAUCGUUUUCUGUGUCUUCACAAAAAGCACAUCUAGGAGGCCUCAACCAUUCCCCUUGUUCCCUCUUUGUUCCAACUCGAAGACUCUUCACACAGCAGCUAUACGGUACCAGUGAGCUCCAGAAGCCCCUUGAGUUGGAUGAUGAAAUUCCCCCUUCAGUCACCACAAUGUCUCCAAUGUGGGCCAAGGACUAA